CCGAUUGGCUGCGUCAUCGUUACGGAAACAUAUCAGUGCAUGUAGCUAUUAGGUUAGCUUUAGUCAGUGGAAGUGAACAGGAUUUUUUAAACAUGCGAUGAUUAUUAUAUAUUCUCAUAUCAGCAGCAUCAAAAAACUUGAGAAAGCGAUUUUAUAAUGGAGGCAGACGGUGGUGUCCAUGUGAGAAAUGAAGACGUGCCACCGCAGAAUCAGGAUAUAAGUUUCAUCCUGCCAUCUGUUUCUGUUUUCCUGUCUGAUUAUGGCUGGUAUCUGCUGUUUCUGUGUGUGGGAGUUUAUCUACUAAUUCAGCAUCUACGCAAGAACAGAUCCUGGGAAAAUCAGAGCCCAUCCGUCACUGCAAAUCAAGACCCUGUGUCUGUGGCGAGACGUCAGGAAGCCCUGCAGGCAUCGCGUCAGAGAAUGCAGGAAGAGCUUGAUGCUAGAGCUGCAGAAUUCAAAGAGAAACAACUGAGGCUUGAGGAGGGAAAGAGAAGACAGAAGAUUGAGAUCUGGGAAAGUAUGAAGGAAGGAAAGACUUGCAAAGGAAAUGCAAAAUCUGAACAUAACACUGAAGAGGCCACUUCUACGUUUUUGAAACCAAAGACAGAUAAAAAGUCCCUCCGUAACAGUGGAUACAAUCCUCUGUCUGGAGAUGGAGGAGGAACAUGCUCUUGGAGACCAGGCAGGAGAGGGCCAUUUGCUGGUGGAUGAGGUUAAUGGAGGGUCAGAGUGACCUCUGACCGUCACACACCCCCUUUCCUCCCCAUAGGAACACGUACACAUUAACUUGAUAAAGCUGUCAGUAUUCAUUAUAGAACAGUAACAAAUAUGAUUAUUAAGGGUCUUCAUGUAGGUUUUUAUUUUCUGUUGGCAAGCUGGUUUUUCACUGGCUUGACUACAUUGCAUACUAAGUGUGAUGGAUCUUAUUCUGAAUACCAGUAUGUUUUAAAGGAAUAGUUCACCCAAAAAAUUUGAUUCUCUCAUCAUUUACACAUCCCAGAUAUGUAUGACUUUUUUUCUUCAGCAGAACACAAAUGAAUAUUUCAAAUCUGUUGGUCCUCAGAGUGCAAGUAAAUCGUGGCCAAAACACUGAAGGUCCAAUUAUCACAAAGGCAUCAUAAAAGCAAUCCAUAUGACUUGUGGUUUUAAUCAAUGUCUUCAUAAGUGAUCCAAUAGUUUUUGGCUGAGGACAAACCAAAAUAUAACUCCCUUUUCACUAUACAUAUUGCAGUCUCUAUGCACAAUUGUGAUUUUAAACACAUGAAAACAUGAUCAGAAAGUUAGCUUUGAUAACUCCAGCUAAGGUUCUCUUGUUGAUAUAACUGCACUUAUAAGGAAUCAUUCACCGUAAAAUUAAAACUGUCAUCAUUUACUCGCCUUCAAGUAAUUUAGACCUUGUAUUAUUUUCUUUGUUCAUGAAACACCGGAGAUGUUUAUCAGAUAUUUAUCAGAAUGUCUAAGUGUUCUUUUCCUCAUACAGAUAAAUUGCAUGGCGAUUUGAAAAUCCAAAGAGGACAAACAACACCAUAAAAGCAUUUUGUUUUUUGAGGUCCUUUUUGGAACUUGACAGCCAUGGUUUUUAUGAAAUAUUGUUAUUGUUUGGAAAAUAGCUAUGCACAAAUUCUGGAGAAUUUCUCCUUUCAUGCUCCACAGAAAAGAAAUAUCAACAGCAUACAGAUAUUUAACUGCAUGAGGGUGAGUAAAUAAUGACAGAAUUUUUAUUUUUGGGUGAGCUACUCUACAAAAUUCAGUGUAAAGAUUGAUUACAAUCAUGAUUACAAGUUAUAUUUUUCAAAUAUUUUUUUCUCAUUUAUUUUUCUGCACUUUAUGCACAUUAUGCUUAAACUAUUGUCCAUGUAUGAUUGACAGCUUCUAAUGAUGCCGCCUUAUCAAAGGUAUUAAUACCCCUGGGGCUGGUUGAUGACUCAGUUAUGAAGUGUGUUCCUGUUCAUAGAGGGUAAAAAAAAAAAAGCAAAGCACUACAUUUAAAUAAUAUGAAGUUUUUGUAUUCUGUUAUUAUACAAAAGUAGUAAUAGCUGUUGAAUGACAAAUCCAACAAUGCAAUUGUUUAUAAAGUUUAUAGUUUUAUAAAGAAUUUGAUGAACAUGUCAUGUCACAAAUUAAUUUUAUAGUUCUUGCAAUGGGUUUCUCAGAAUUAAAAGCAUUCUUGCUUAAUGUUUGUCUUUGUUUAUUCAGUACAAAUAAUAAUAAAAAAAAAAUCUAAAUCUAUUUAGGUUUACAAUGAUGUAUACAAAGCACAAUUAAUUGUGCACUGGGUCGUUCUUAUUAUGCAGUACCUUUUAAACAGAUUUAACAAGAUAUUCUAAUAUACUCUGGUUAAGCUCAGGAAACGACGACUUGAUAAUUGACACUGUUAAAAAGAAAAUAAACAGGAUGGAAAUAGAGCUAAAUUGAGCCAUGUGGGCUGAGGGACUGAGAGCUGGUUUACAUAAGGGUGUCAACUUGGAAGUUAAUUGUAAUAAUUUUUUUAUAUAUGAUUUCUGUAAUAUAUAAAGAAUGUAAGGUUUUAGUUGAGACCAAACAACUAAUACCACAAAACAUCACAGAAUUCAUCAAAUGGGGUCAUGAAAAUGUACUGCAGAGUAGGUUUGAUAUGAUUCAGUGUGACCACACAAAAAUAUGAAUUAUUGUCUAACUACUUGGUCUCAGGCCAACUACUCCGCCUUGCUACCAAUACAGACUAUACAGUAUAUAAACAAACGCUAAAUUUUUUUGAUAAGAAACCAUGUCAUUUUCAUCAUUGUAAGAUUUUAUCAAAAUAUAAAUUGUUGAGUUGGGAAAACUUUGUUAAGUUUUCAAAUGGCUGUUUAGCUUAUAACAUUUUUAAUGGCCUGGCCCCACCACCUCUUAGUGAGUUUCUGAGUUUAAGAUAACAGUCGUCUCACUAGACGUACACUUAGAAGGGACUGUGUUAUUAAUUUCAGGAAAACUGCUUUUAGUCAGUCUGCCUUCUCUAUUGAAACCUCAAAAGAAUGGAAUGACAUCCCAACGUCAGUUAGAGAAUUAAAUAGUUAUAAUGGAUUUCGUUCUUCUUUUAAAACUUGGCUUUUUAGCAUGCAAAUAUGUCAACAUUGAUUUUUUUCCUUUUUUUUUUCUGUGGUUUUGGAAAUUGUAGGGUUUGUUGAUUUUUGUUAUGUUUUGAUUAAAUUGUUGUAUUUACAUUGUAUUUUUAGGUUGCCUAUUGUACAUCUGGCCUAGGACUGCAGAUGAAAUCUAGCCUUUUGGCUAACUCUGGCAUAUUUUGACUUGUCAUGUUAAUAUGCAUUGUCCUUAUAAUAAAUUAAAUGUUAAAUCUUAAAAAAAAUUAAACUGUUCUAAAGUG